AUGAACUCCAACUUUGGAUCAGACGAUCUAUUUGAAAAUGGCUGGGCUUCUUCCGAGCCUGCACGCCAGGACCACGGCUUCGCCUCCACCGCUUACCUGGGUUCCACAUACUUAACUUCCUCUCAGUUGCUUGGACAAAACCCGUCUGCUUCUUCGGAGAUUGACUUGUCCGAUAAGGUUCCUGACUCGUAUAAGCAGAUCUGGGAACGCUUGCUGUCGAAAUUGAGGUCUGUGACGGACUUGGAGUCUGAAAUCUUCCUUCCCUUGGUGGACCAUCAGCACCUUUCCGAUUACCAGAGUUCCCGAAUCAUAGAUGUUUUGUACGAACACACCUUGUUGCCACCGUCGAAGGAGCUGAAUUUCUACCAGGCGUUGGGACUCAUUGCCUUGGAAUUGGACCUCGCAGGCACGGGUGAUUACGUGACCCUCCAGUUCAAGCUCAACUCGGGUCUUCCAGACUUCCCUCGUGAAGUGACCGAUUUGCUUCUCGGUAAGGUUGAAGCUCUGGGAGUUAGGCAUUCCACGCUGCAUCCAGCCGAAACUGACCCCUUGACGGCGAACUUGGCUUCUACUUCCCUCGAAGACCAGGACGAUUGGAAUGACCCAAACACAGAAAAUAUGCUAGCUGAUCACCUGAACAUCCUGAUCGAUGCAGACACAACAGCCCCAGAGGUGUCUCAUGUGAACGACUUCCCCUACAUCACAAAGUAUGUCACCGAUCUCAGAGAAAAGUUCAAGCCGUUGAUAGCUGGUGGCGACAGUGUCAACAUCAAGGAGGUGCCAGAAAAAGAGGGCCUCGUCUUCAAACACAUUAACUACUGCAUUACUCACAGCCUAAAACUCGGCAUGCAUAGCCCAGCGGGCCAGAAGAAGGUCAUCAGACGAUACUCUGAUUUUGCCUGGCUUCUCGAGUUCCUUUUGAAAAAGUACCCCUUCCGUGUUAUCCCUGGGCUUCCACCCAAAAAGUUCACCGUAGGCGCCUCACCCGAUUCUCAAUUCUUGCAAAGAAGGCGCCGCGGCUUGCAUCGUUUCCUCAACCAGCUUGUCAAGCAUCCAGUUUUGGUUCAGGAGCCUAUUGUAGUCACCUUCCUUAGUGUUCCAACAGACCUUGCCUCCUGGAGAAAGCAGGCUCGUGUGGACUAUUCCCUUGAGUUCAAGGGACAGAAAAUCGAGACCGAGUUUGUGAAUUCUAUCUGGCCUACAAUCAGUGAGGAGUUCCUCACUAGCUGGAAGACCGCCGAGGCUAACAUUCCUCGUUUAAUCGAGACGUGGACAAAGUUAGUAUUGCUCGUGGAGAGAUAUGAAAAGAGACAACAGCAGAUUGCGUUCGAUAACGGCAAAUUUGUGGAGAUGAUAAAUCGCUUUACAGAGCUCGACAAUGUCAUCUACCCUCACAGAAAUCCUGAAGAGAAGGUGCUUAACUCUCUCAACCAGGACGAUACCACCACGAUCAAUGAUUCGUUGGGUACGAUCUCUGCAUUCUUCAACAAGUCUUCUACAUUGCUCAUUGAUGAAAGCUAUCUUAUCAACACGACGGUGUUGGAGAAGUUUAAGAACUUCUUGGACUACUUAUAUUCCUUGCAGGAGCUAUUUGACAGAGCCAAGAAACAGUCCGUGAACUCGAUUCCACAGCUUCAGAAGAAGAUCGAGGAUAGUCAAGCCAAAUUUGACAGACUCAAUGAAAGCGGCACUGAUAUGAAGGGAAGUGACAUUGCUAAGCUCAAGCAAGCUAUAAUCAACGACAAACAGGAGAUGUUCCAACAGCUCAACAAGGACUGGCUCAUCAAGAGCUGCUGCUUCCAUGAGUUUGCCAUGUUCCAGGAGACGCAAUUCCUUAUUUCUGAAGCUUGGGCAGAUUGGUGUAAGGGACGCGCCAAGUUCCAAGACAAGUUUUCAAGUCUUUACGACCGUUUGAGCCAGGACGUUGUGCCAGACAUGCCUUUGGGUCAUUAG